AGUUGACAUUCACCAACACAGCGAAGUACAUAGAUUAUUGUAAAAUCGCCGGUAUGGCGACAAAUAUGGAGGUAGAUACUCCGAGGACAAGUGUAAUGGCCACUGCAGGAACGUCGGGCAGCGUCUCCGUGGCUCUCCAUCCCCUCGUCAUCAUGAACAUCUCCGAACAUUGGACAAGAGUCCGUGCACAGGAAGGAAAACCGAUGCAAGUGCUGGGAGCAUUGAUCGGACAGCAGAAGGGGAGGAACAUUGAAGUGAUGAACUCCUUUGAGCUGGUGUUUGAUUUUGUGGAAGGAAACAUCAUCAUCAACAUGGACUACUACAACACGAAGGAAGAACAGUUCAAACAAGUCUUCAGCGAGAUGGACUUCCUGGGCUGGUACACGACCGGAGAUCUGCCGUCAGAGUCCGAUAUACGAGUUCACAGACAGAUUUGCCAGAUCAACGAGAGUCCAGUCUUAAUGAAGCUGAAUCCACUAGCUAGAAACUCUGAUUUACCGGUGUCCAUCUAUGAGUCUGUGAUAGAUCUUGUAAAUAGAGAGGCUACUAUGCUGUUUGUGGAACUGUCGUACACACUAGCUACAGAAGAGGCGGAGAGAAUCGGUGUGGAUCAUGUUGCAAGGAUGUCUUCGUCUGACACUGGAGAAAGUUCUACAGAACACUUGAUUGCUCAGCACAGUUCUAUCAAAAUGUUACACAGUCGUGUGAAGCUCAUUCUGGAGUAUGUUAAAGCAGUGCAAGCAGGAGAAGUACCCAAGAACCACGACGUCCUGAGGGAGGCCUACAGUCUGUGUUAUCGGCUUCCGGUCCUCAACACAACACGGUUUAAGGAAGACUUCUAUAAUCAACACAAUGACGUGUGUCUCAUGGCCUAUCUUGGAUCAAUGACAAAGGGCUGUAAUACAAUGAACCAGUUUGUGAACAAGUUCAACGUGCUGUACGACCGACAGGGGAUGGGAAGGAGAAUGAGAGGCUUGUUCUUCUGAUACUGACAACUGUUCACAUGCAAGGAAGAAAGUGCUAGUAUCCAUACAACUGUUUGAGAUGAAGACAUUCCUGACAACUUAUUCAAAGAGUUUAACUCUGCAUCAGACCUUUGUUUUUCAGAUAUGAAUGUGAUCACUGAUAAAUUAACACUUUUCUCUUGGAAGAAUACUUCAGGAUAUCAUAGCUAUAGAGAAAUACAUCUUGUCCCAACAUUAACUGUUUAAAUGUAAUUAAUGCAAAAAAUGCAUAUUUUCGGCAGUUAAAAAGGACUGUGAAGUUUGGACUGGUGCCAUUUUAGAAUCUGUUUCUGUGUACAUCAGAUACAUUCAAUCUCUGCAGAUUUGGCAACAGUCAAACAGAGCUAUGUAUGUAAAUAAAGUGUUUGCUAAUUGGCUGUAUGCAGUAUUUUAGAUGAGAUGUGACAGCUUACUCCUAAGAAUUUGCCUGUGUUUAUGACUGGUGAAAUGUUGAAGAAACUGAAAAUAAAAUAAUAAUCAUUUAAA